AUGCAGUUCUCCAUUGCCCUAUUGUCCGUCGUUGCUUGCGCCACCGGCGUCGCUGCGAACUUGCACCUCUACGCAUACUGCGCUGACCGCGUCUUCGAGGGCAUCAACGAGUCCAACCCUGAGAACAACGACGCCACGCAGGUUGCUUGCGACAAGUACAAGGCACGCAACACCGGCACCCAGCAAUGGGACACGUGCCCCGACUGCACCACCAGCUUGCGCGGCGAUGUGCUGGUCUGCAACUCGCUUGCGAAGCACAUUGGCGGCGACGAGUGGGAUUACUACUGCAAGAACUCUGGUGCCGAUAUGGGCAAGGCUAGCUAG